AUGGCUGAGACAACGCUUGAGAAAGCACCAGAACUAGAUAGCCCGCCGCCAAAGCCCUACCAUGCGAAGCGCCCUCACAAAAAGUCCAGGUCCGGCUGCCAGAACUGCAAGGCGCGAAAGGUGAAAUGUGACGAAUCGAGGCCCGUGUGCCGGUCGUGUAAGCUGCGAAAGGCCGACUGCGUCUAUGUUGAACCCCCAAAGCCGCGCCCCUCCGCCGUGACGACUUCGGCGCCGUGGGAUUCGGAUUCGAAGUCAUUCGGGGGUCGAGCACUGGCGCAUCAUACCAAGUCCGCGACGACUUCAACAAGUAUAUCUUCGGCAUCGUCUGUCCUGUUUUCAGCGCCUAUACUUUCGCUGGCGGAGAAGUAUAGCAACCAGACUGCUUCUAUACCUGCCGAGUUACUAUGGUGUCCAGUCGGGAUUGACGUGGCGGAUAUGAAGGCACUAUGGUUUUAUGCGACUCAGACAUGUGGCUCCUUUUCCAUUGUCGCAAACGACGGCCAUAAAAAUAUCAUGAGAAGCCUGUUGGUUCGGUUUGGAUCCGAAUCUCCCUUUCUGCUCGACUCCAUUUUCGCCCUCGCUAGUUUGCAUAUGCAGCGUCUCAACCAACAAUUCGAUCCAAAGCGUGCUCUGGCGUAUCGGGUCAAGUCGUUGGCAGGAUAUCGCAAGGCAAUUGAAGAAGCUAAUCCGGCAGACUUCCCCGCUCUGGUCGCAAACUCUCUGCUUCUAACGGCCUUGUCGUCCGAGAACUUCCGGGAGCUAGACGGCACUCAUUUAUAUAUUCUUGACUGGCUUGUCGUAUGGAAGGGCAUCAUGCUCGUUAUGGAUCUAGUUUCCAAGUCUACCGUUGUCGAGAGCGGCUUGAAUAGCCUAUUCUUCCGUCCCCCUACCGAUGUGGAAAAGACUGCUUUUAUUCCCCGUCAACUCCUACAGAUGGUUUCUUCCAUCACACCGAGUGAUUUCGAUUACUCAUUUAGGGAGGCAUAUGUUGAGACGUUGAAGUAUCUUGGCAGUCUAUAUAUGGAUUUGGCGCAAGGGCCUUCAUCCAUGAGGAGCCUAAGGAUCAUAACCAUCUUCACAUAUCUCCCUAGCCAGUUCAUCGACAUUGCGCGCAUGUCGCAACCGCGCGCUUUAGUCAUCCUUGCUUACUUUGCAACUUUUUUCAAGCUGGUUCAGUGGGAAGUUUGGUGGCUUGAGGGCGUGGGAGAUCGCACAAUACGGGAUAUCUGCGGCCAUCUCGGUCUGGAAUGGCAGGCCUUCUUGCAAGUCCCAUACGCGGCCCUCGAUGCUCAAGACCGAAAACAGCUGUCCAAGAUCAUACUUGAAGAUACAGAGCUGGUCUCGCCCCAAGGCUACCUUCUAGAAUACGAAACACAUGUAGACCAAUCAUUAGAUUUGCUGUGA